AUGGCGAAAAGAACAGUCACAGAAGAAACUGAACAGUCCAGGAAGAAGCUGAAAACGAAGACUAGCAAAGACGAAAAACAUGCCGAAGAUAACCCCAGUACACAUGAGAAGAAGAAAAAGAAGGAUAAAAGCACCAAGAGUUCGUCCGAGUCAGAUACGCCAAUUGCAAAUGUUUCCAGGUCGGAAAUAGACGAGUUUAUGAAAACCAACAAGAUAGAGAUUUCGGAUCCAUUAAAUAAGGAAAGCACUCCAUCCCCAAUUCUCUCCUUCGAUCAGCUUCCUGAACGCGAUCACAUCCUAUACAAACCGCUCAAGAACUUUUCGGCGCCCACCUCUGUCCAGUCCGCCACAUGGCCAUUGCUGUUCGCUGGGAGAGAUGUGAUAGGUAUCGCAGAGACAGGCAGUGGGAAAACUCUCGCUUUCGGUCUCCCAUGCGUGAAGAAUAUGGUGGAUUCCAAGAAAAAACUCAAGCCUUCCCAUCCAAGAGCAGUAAUCCUGACGCCUACCAGAGAGCUUGCGAUGCAGAUUUAUGAACAAUUAGAGGGAUAUGCUCCUCGUGUCUCUGUCAGAGUCACUUGCAUCUUUGGAGGAGUGAGGAAGGACGAACAACGUGAAGCAUUGAAAGACACUGCCAUUGUUGUCGCCACUCCUGGUCGGUUGAAGGAUCUUGAAUCAGAGGGUGCCAUCAAUCUGUCCAAAGUUAAGUAUCUCGUCCUUGAUGAAGCAGAUAGGAUGUUGGACAAGGGUUUCGAACAAGAUAUCAAAGACAUUGUUGCUCCAAUGCCCGUCUCCAGACGACAGACUGCCAUGUUUACGGCUACAUGGCCUGUCUCUGUUAGAAACCUUGCCAACAGCUUCACCCAAGAUCCUGUCAUGGUCACUGUUGGUGGCAAACCUUCCGAAGAUCCUCGCGCAAACACCCGCAUCAAACAGGUCGUCGAGGUACUGGACGGGAGAGACAAAGAAAACAGACUCACUCAGAUUCUUGCGAAACUCACGAGGGAAUCCUCCCAAGGCAAGAUCUUGGUCUUUUGUCUAUAUAAAAAAGAAGCUAUGCGCAUUGAACGACUCAUUCAAUCCAGAGGAUAUGCUGUUGCCGGCAUUCACGGCGACCUUAGUCAGAGCGACAGAUUUAAAAGUCUUGCGUCUUUCAAGUCAGGCGCUGUUCCUAUUCUAGUCGCUACAGAUGUGGCAGCCAGAGGCCUUGAUAUACCAGCGGUGAAGACCGUGGUCAACGUCACGUUUCCCUUGACAAUUGAGGAUUACGUGCAUCGCAUAGGACGAACUGGUCGAGCUGGAGCAGAUGGCCAUGCUAUCACCCUUUUCACAGAAAACGACAAGGCGCAUUCAGGAGCGUUGAUCAAUGUUUUGAAAGCAGCGAAUCAAGAUGUUCCUGACUCUCUCUUCAAAUUUGGCACCACUGUCAAGAAGAAGCAGCAUGAUGCCUAUGGUGCCUUUUUUAAAGACGUGGACGUAACCAAAUCUGCGACAAAGAUCACAUUUGAUGAUUAG